GGAAGAAGAGGCAGACGUGGACGACAGGGAAUGAAAGGAAGUAAAGGAGAACAGGGCGCCCCUGGUCUGGAUGCCCCGUGUCCUAUUGGAGAGGAUGGUUUGCCAUUACCAGGGUGUAGUUGGAGACCACAGCAGGGUGUACCUGGCUUUGACACGCCUUGUGCAUAUUCUUUGGACGGAAAUAAGGUGAUGACACUGUAUGACCUGUGUCAAGAUGUCCAAGAUGUAAAGCCAGCCCCUUUGACUUAGAGAAAAUGCAUGUUGAAUGAUAUUGGAAAAAGGAGGAGCUGCACCACUAGGAACUUUAACAAUAGCAGAAAUGGAGACCAUAGACAAGCAGAGGCAAAGGCGACUACAAAAAAAUUCUUAGCC